AUGUUUAGAUAUCGAGAAAAAGUUCGAGCCAUGUUUUACCAUGCAUACAAUGGAUACUUGAAUCACGCAUUUCCAUUGGACGAGCUCAAGCCAAUUUCAUGCACAGGGCAUGACACAUGGGGAUCGUUCUCUCUUUCCCUGGUCGACGCUCUGGAUACCCUCAUUGUCAUGGGUAAUACGACUGAGUUUCGGCGCGCAGUUGACCUUGUGUUGAAAAACGUUAGAACAGAUGCUAAUGUUAAUGUUUCUGUCUUUGAAACAAAUAUUCGCAUCGUUGGUGGUCUGGUCUCGGCUCACAUGCUCAGCGGUCGCGUCGAAGGCAUGUUUAUUUUCGUGAAUUCAGGUAUGAUAUUAGAGGACGGAUGGCCCUGCUCUGGUCCAUUGCUGCGGUUGGCGGAAGCAAUGGCAGCUCGACUAUUACCUGCGUUUAACACAGAAACAGGAAUGCCUUAUGGAACAGUUGUACGCUAA